CUAUGGCGGAGGCAGAGAGGAUUCUUAACAGAAUCGCUGAGGGAGAGUCAGACCUCGAUUUAUCAGAGGACGACACAGAAGAGGGUGAAAGCUCAGACGAGGAGGACCCAGAUGAGGUGGACCAAGACGUGAAGCCAGAUGAAGUGUGCCGUCGUCCUCUAUGGGCCAAAACCAACACGAACGCAGAAUUACACCAGAUGAUGCUGCCCUAAGCCGUGGAGACUGGAGCCCACUGCAGUACUUCCAGCAGUACAUCGAUGAGCAGCUAAUUCAGGAUCUGUCUGUCUUCACCAACCAGCGCAUGGUACAGGAUUCAGGCUGCAGCUUGAACACAACACCAGAAGAGAUCAAGACAUUUUUAGGAAUCUCAGUGUACAUGGCAUGCCUUGGAUACCCAAGAAUAAAAAUGUAUUGGGCCGCCAAAACAAGAGUCCCAAUUAUAACUGACUCCAUGACACGAGAUCGGUUUUACAAGAUCAGAUCUUCCCUCGUGGUGGUCAAUGAUCUGGAUGUGCCAGAAGAUGAGAAGAAAAAGGAUCCACUUUGGAAAGUAAGACCACUCCUCAAGAGUGUGCUCCAAGGUUGCCUCAGCCUACCCAGGCCAGCAAAGGUCAGCUACUACAGAAUGUCCAGCCGCACCAAAAAUUGGACUGUUCGUACCAUGCUCCACUUCACUGAUGUAGCCAUCACCAAGGCAUGGAUUCAGUACCAACAAGACAGCCAGGCCUUGCAACGACCUGCAAAGAAAACCUCCCAAUACCUGGAGUUCAAACUGCUCUUGGCUGAGGAACUGAUAUCCCAGGCACAGGCAUGUCAACGAGAUGAAACUGACUCAAGUGACAAAUUCUCUCCAGAAAUGAAGAAAAGGAAGCCCCACCCAGAUGAGCGCAUCAGGAAAUACGGUGCAAUCCAUUUGCCCCAAAUGCUCAACAUUCCAAAUGCUUCCAGAUGCAGAAUGCCUGGAUGCAAAAGCAAAACCUUUGUGAGAUGCAUAAAGUGCAACAUGUUUCUCUGUGUCUCCAAAAAGUCAGAAUGCUUCAUGAAAUACCAUCUAGAGUCAAACAUCUAAUGAAAACGGUGAAGUUAAUACAUAAGAAUGGAAAAUCUACAUGUGCUAUUUGUUUAUGGUGUUGUGUUUUACUGGAUGAUUCCAGUAGAUCUUUCCAUGUACAUACUCGGCCUUUAAAUGUUUCACGCUCAAGAACAAUUAAAUCCUGUCGUCCACUAUAGUGCACGUUUUGAGUAAAAUCAAGUUUUGACGUUUUUUUUCUUUGCAAUGUGUUUUUUACCACCCCAACACAUAAUUUUCAAUCGAUUGACAGCUGAUUGCUUAUGGCAUGAAACAGGCUUGUACUGUCUCGUAAAGAAUUUACUUGACUCACUGGAUUAUUUUGCUCUGUAUUGGUUGAGCACUUUUCCUAUUGUUGAGUGUUUCUUUUAACGAAGUUUUCCUGGUUUCGAACCCCUUGUCCAACCUUGGGGGUCGUCCCGCGUCUUCCUCUGUGUGGAGUUUGCACGUUCUCCCCGUGUCUGCGUGGGUUUCCUCCUGGUGCUCCGGUUUCCUCCCACAGUCCAAAGACAUGUAGGUCAGGUGAAUUGGCCGUACUAAAUUGUCCCUAGGUGUGUGUGUGUGUUUGUGAGCCCUGUGAUGGCCUGGCGGCCUGUCCACGGUGUCUCCCUGCCCGCCGCCCAAUGACUGCUGGGAUAGGCUCCAGUAUCCCGUGACCCCCAUUGGGAUAAGCAGCUUGGAUAAUGGAUGGAUGGAUGAAUUGUUGUAGGCCUAAAGUGAUUUUUAAAUUUAAACACCGAACAAAAAAAAUGUUUUUUUCAUCAACUAAAAUGUGUGUCAGAGCCUAUGUCUACGGCCGGCACCUUUCCCCCUAAAUUUUACCAAACCUCUAUAGCGGUGUUUAGUCUUGAGUCUCCCUAGCUGUAGUAACUACAGAGGUGUAAUUUAUACCUCUAGACUGAUCAACUUUAUACCGUGUAAAGUUGAUCAGCCACAAUAUGAAGAUGUGGGAAAGAGUAAUAGAAGCUAGGUUAAGAGGAGAGGUGACGAUUAGCGAGCAGCAGUACGGUUUCAUGCCACAAAAGAGCACCACAGAUGUGAUGUUUGCUUUGAGAAUGUUGAUGGAGAAGUAUAGAGAAGGUCAGAAGAAUACGACAGGGUGCGGAGAGAGGAGGUGUGGUAUUGUAUGAGGAAGUCAGGAGUGGCGGAGAAGUAGGAGUGGGUGCAGGAAAAGUAUGAGGGCAGUGUGACAGUGGUGAGGUGUGUGGUUGGAAUGAUAGAUGGGUUCAAGGUGGAGGUGGCAUUACAUCAAGGAUCGACUGUGAGCCCUUUCUCGUUUGCCGUGGUGACGGACAGGUUGACGGACAAGAUCAGGCAGGAGUCUCCACGGACUAUGAUGUUCGCGGGUGAUAUUGUGAUCUGUAGAGAUGCAGUCUUGAGUCUCCCUACCUCAAGCAUGAACUACAUAAUCCAAAUAUCACUUCCGGCUCACAGAUGAGAGCCUGCAGGGCAGCUCUGAUAUCAGGGAGAUCUACAGUGACCUUCAGAAACAGAAAUCGCAUUAAACGGGUGAGAACACGAUCAUUUAAUAGGCUAUUAUUUUGCAACAAAA